AUGCUAAGUGCCAACAAAACGAGGAAUCUGAUACCACAUGACAAUGAUGAUGGUAAUGAUGAUAAUGAUGAGAAGGAGAAUAAGGAUGAGGAUGGAAACAAAGAAGAGGACAGAGCAAUUACAGAGGAGAUAAAGAAGGAUUGGAGAUUCAGGACAAGGAGGAGAAGGAAGUUUCUUGAUUCCAAAAGUACUUACUACAACUUAGACUUCAACUUUCCUGUAAAAUGGUCACUGGCCCUCUUGUUAUCCCUGGUGACUCUGGUGCGCUCAGCAGAGGUUGCGCAGCUGGGGACUCGCGCCUUCUCAGGUUCUGUCACCUGCCAUGAAGACAGAAUGAUAGUGGAGUUUUCAAGUGACCUUGGCCCUGAGAACUGGCAUGCCUCUGUGCUGGAUCCCUUCGGUCUUGAAAUGCUGAAUUGCACUUACAUCCUCAACCCAGAAAAGCGCACCCUACGGGCCCCCUAUGAGACCUGCACCAGCAGGGUGCUUGGCCAGCACCAGAUGACCAUCCGGCUCACAGACAACAGGGCUGCUGCUGGAGGACACGAGGCUUUCAUGUAUCAGGUCAGCUGUCCGGCCAUGCGGGCCGGAGGGGCCCAGGAGCACCCAGGAUCCACCCUGUGCUCAAAGGAGGGCAUGUCUGAUCUCCAGGAGCAGAUGGGAUGGAGCAUUGAGGUUGGUCACGGCGCAGAAGCCCACACUCUGACCCUUCUGGAGGCCCUAGCGCAGGGAUACAACAUCCUAAUUGGCGACUACAAGAUGACCAUGCAAGUGCCGUUCAAUGCUACCGGAGUGACCCACUACACGCAAGGUCACAGUCAUCUCUACAUGGUGCCUCUGAAGCUCAUCCAUAGAAUUUUUGGACAAAAGAUCAUUUUAGCAGCACAGGUGACUUGCUUAUCAGGCCAUGUGACCUGCAAUGCCACGCACAUGACUCUCGCCAUCCCAGAGUUCCCUGGGAAGUUAAGAUCCGUGAGCGUUGGAAACAGAGACAUCGCAGUGAGCCAGCUGCAUGGGCACGGCAUCGGGACGGAGGCAGCAGGAGGCCUGAGGCUGCACUUCAGCAAAGCUCUUCUCCAAACCAAAUCCUCAGAACAGUGCCUGCCCUACCAGUUCUUCUUACCGUCACUCAAGCUGACUUUUUCCUUCCUCCGGGAGACAGCGUCCAUGGUGUUUCACGCUGAGUGUCUCUGUGAGCCUCCAGUCCUUACAGGCGAGCUGUGCACCCAGGACGGGUUCAUGGAUGUCCAAGUCCACAGUCACCAGCUGAGCCCCGCUCUCAACCUGGCCACCCUCAGAGUGGGGAACUCCUCCUGCUGGCCCAGCCUGGCCGCAGCGCCCCGGGGGCUGGCGCGGUUUCGCAUUCCUCUGAACGGAUGUGGGACCACCCAUCGGGUCAGUGUGGACAGCGGGCUGAGGCUGGCCUGGGAGCACGGUGAGCACCCCCUGACCCUCUCUCACUCUCAGUUCGAGGGCGGCAAGGUCAUCUACGAGAAUGAGAUACGCGCGCUCCGGGCCGGGUUUCCUCCACACACCAUUUCCAGAGCUGGGGAGCUCAGGCCUUCCCAGGUGAGCCCCGCACCGCCGCCCCAGCUCCCGCCCCAGCCGGCCUGGGCUGAGAGCUGCUCCCUUCCAGACGGGUCCUACCUGCGCCCGUUCGUGGACGGGGACUACCCGGUGCCGCGGCGCCUCCGCCAGCCCAUCUUCCUGGAGGUGAGCGUGGUCAACAGGACUGACCCCAACAUCCAGCUGGUCCUGGGCGACUGCUGGGCCACGCCCGCCACCGACCCCGCUGCCCGGCCCCGCUGGACGGUGGUCAAGGACGGCUGUGAACACACCCUGGACACGCACAGAACCACCUUCCAUCCCAUCGGCUCCUCUGUGGCUUACCCUGCCCACUACCGGAGGUUCGAGGUGAAGACCUUUGCCUUCGUGUCAGAUGCCGGAGUGCUGGCCAGCCUGGUCCACUUCCACUGCAGCGCCUCCCUCUGCAACCUGCGCUCCCCCCACUCCAUGCCGUGCUCCGGGGCCUGCCCUGCGUCACCGAGGAGCAGGCGAGCCUCGGGGGCCACUGAGGAAGAGGAAACAACAAUAAGUCUGCCGGGACCCAUCCUCCUGUUGUCAGAGGGCUCCACGGACAGAGACUCAGUAGACACUGCAGGGCACGGAGAUGCUGGAUACGUUGCUUUCAAAGCCAUGGCCAUUGUAGUUGUCUCCGCAGGCAUGCUAGCAGCUUCAGGCCUCGUCUUUUACCUGCUCAAGAAAAGAACCAGGAUGUCAAAUCAGUGAUUGGAUUCUUAAUAAAGUGGUGGCAGUGA